AAGCACAUGCAAGGAGGAAAAGCCACAGAUACAGGACAGGGCUCGCACUUCCUCAGGGGGCUGCUGGCUGUGUCCUUGUUCCUCUCUCAGUAGAGCGGACAUAUUUAUCCGUCCUCAGCUUUAUUUUCACGCUUUUCAUCCUUUUAUUUCAUGCUGCCUUUCAUUACUGAGACAGAGGAAACCCUGAGGCUCCAGCCUCCUGUUGCACCUGCUCUCAGGACAACCAGAGAUUCUAGGUAUCAUCUCCUGGCCUCUGACAGCUCCUUGCAGAAGCAGCAUCCGUGAGGAUGGGGUAUCUGGUCGUGACAAGCUCCUGGCACAGCACAGAAUGCAUAGUAUGAUCAGCCCAGAUAUCAAGUCGGAAGUUCCUACAGGUUUGGACCCAGUUACACCACUGGAUCUAAGGACAGAUCUGAGAACAGUGAUGCCAAUUUUAGAUCCCAUGUUGCGGGAGAAGCAGCUGCAGCAGGAGCUCCUGUUAAUCCAGCAGCAACAGCAAAUUCAGAAGCAGCUGCUCAUUGCUGAGUUUCAGAAACAGCAUGAAAACCUCACCCGGCAACACCAGGCCCAGCUCCAGGAACACCUCAAGUUGCAGCACGAAUUACUGGCGAUGAAACAACAACAGGAGAUCUUAGAAAGAGAGAAAGAACAUAAAUUGGAGCAGCAGAGACAGGAGCAGGAAGCAGAGAGGCACCGGCGGGAGCAGCAGAUGAUGCACCCACGUCCAAAGGAGAGAGGCAAAGAAAGAGCUGUGGCCAGCACCGAGGUAAAGCUGAAGCUCCAAGAAUUCCUCCUGAGCAAAUCUGCAACGAAAGACAUUUUUACAAACGGAACCAAUCAUUCCAUAGGCCGCCACCCCAAGCUUUGGUACACGGCAGCACAUCAUACUUCAUUGGAUCAAAGCUCUCCUCCUCUCAGUGGGACCUCUCCAUCCUACAAAUAUCCUUUACCCGGGGCUCAAGACUGCAAGGACGAUUUUCCAUUACGAAAAACUGCUUCAGAACCCAACCUGAAGGUUCGGUCUCGGUUAAAACAAAAAGUAGCAGAGAGAAGAAGUAGUCCUUUGUUGAGAAGAAAAGAUGGAAAUGUCACAGGUUCAUAUAAGAAGAGAAUAUUUGAGGUGGCAGAGUCUUCAGUCAGUAGCAGCUCUCCAGUAUCAGGACCCAGUUCUCCAAGUAAUGGUCCAGUUAGCAUGGGUGUGGAAAACGAAAGCUCUGUCUUGCCAACUAACCCUCAUCCUGAGCAUUUGACCUCACAUCAACUUAUUCUACAUCAUGAGAAGUCAAUGAAUCUGCUAAGCUUAUACACAUCUCCUUCAUUACCCAACAUCACCUUGGCACUCCCUCCUGCUUCUCCUCAACUCAGUGCCUCAUCUUCAUUAAAAGAAAAACAAAAGAAUGAGCCUCAGGCGCCCAGGCAGGGGGUAACGCUCCCUGGACCCUACACAGGAGCCCUCCCUGUGUCUUCAGCUCACACACCGCUGGAGGGCAAGACCAACAGCAGCCACCAGGCCUUACUGCAGCACCUACUGCUCAAAGAACAAAUGCGGCAGCAGAAGCUUCUAGCCACAGGUGGAGCUCAGAUUCUUCAGGCCCCACUAACAUCAAAGGAUAGAGUUUCACCGGCUGGGAGGGUGGUUCACAAACUUCCCCGCCACAGACCCCUGCACAGGACGCAGUCUGCCCCCCUUCCUCAGAAUACCCUGGCGCAGCUCGUCAUUCAGCAGCAGCAUCAGCAGUUCCUGGAGAAGCAGAAAAAGUAUCAGCAGCAGAUCCAGAUGAACAAAUUGCUUUCCAAAUCUAUUGAACAACUUCGCCAACCCGGAAGUCAACUGGACGAAUCUGAAGAAGAACAUCACAGUGAUUAUACAAUGCGAGAAGAAAAGGUUUUAUCUACUGGAAACAUAAGAAGUCAUAGCAGCACUGAUCUCAGAACUGAACUCCUAAAGUCCGUGAAGGUGAAAGAAGAACCGCCAGACAGUGACGAUGACAUUCAAACACAUCCUGAGCCUAAUCCAAAAUCAGCCUUUGUACAACAGCAACAUAUUUUUCACACCCAAGAGGAGAACUUGCAGCCUGCUCGCAUUCUGUAAGUGGAGGACACUCUUUCUCAGUGUCUUAUAUUGUGACCACUCACUAAAAAUCACAGUGCUCCUUGGAACCUAUUUCCCAAAUCUUCUGCUUAUUCUGAAGAUCUCAGCUACUUUGGGACAUCAAGCUCCUGCUGACAGCAGCAAGUACAAAGACGACUUCUUUUUAUAGAACCAAGAACUUCAAAAAGAUUGUUCUACCAGCACUUACACCUGUACCUUUAACCCGAAAAGCCUUCAUUUUGGAUCUACUGUUUUCAUGAUGACUAUUUGUGCACGACUUGACAUUUUCAUGACUUGACAUUUCCUUUACAUUUUAUAUCCUCUUUUGAGACAUCCAUCAAGUCAUUUGAGGUUACAGAGUCAUUUAAGGUUACAACAUGUGAACAGAGCCCUCUCCUUACAUGGUUUUAUUCUGUAUGAGUAUGUCACAAACCCUAUUUUCUUCAAUGCUACCAAAAGAAUAAAGAUUAUAUUUGACUUUUUCUAGGACAAUUACAAAUUGAUUUAGUUAUAUUUAUUAUUGUCAUGGAAACCAUAUGUUCCUGAUACUUUUCAUGUAUGCCAUCAUUAUAACGCAUGCUUUCUUACAUAUCUCUUAAUACCGGGAGUUACCUAUAUACUGUACCUUCAUUAAAGGGGUUGUCCUCAGUUCCUUUUUGUUAGAAAGGUCCCAUGUAGAGAUGAGUGAAUUGAUUUAUAAGAAUCGCUUCCGCUUAUCAAGCAGAGUUCUGCACCUACAACAAGUUCUCCCUAAAGCUGAGGACGCGCCCCCUGCCGCUUGAUUGACAGACAUGGACAUCUCUACCAACCCUGACUAUCUCGCACCUGUACCGCUACUCUGUGUAUCUGUGUAAGCGUAGAGGCUCUCCACGACUAUGCGUGUCCCGCUAUACUUCCAGGCCGCUACUUCCAGUAGUUGAAGCAGAGCCUCUGCACUUGCGCCUCUACUUGGAGCAGCGGCACAAGGGCAAGAUUGUCAUCUCUGGCUGAAAUGUCCAGCCUCGUCAAUCAAGCGUUAGGGGGAAUGUCCUCAGCUUCAAGGAACCUCUGUCACCGUUGCAGAACUCUGCAUGAUGUGCUUGAUAAGACGAACCAAUUUAUAUGAAUAGGUUCGCUGAUCUCUUGUCCCAUGAUGACACAAGAUCAGAUGAACAUGGCUUUGUUAAUUUUGCGACAGCGCCACCAAAGGUGAAAUAAAGCAUUGAACAGUUCUUAUAGAAAGCAAUGGGCUGACCACAUAAUGCAGAGCUGUGGCGGGUCCUCCAAAGUGAGGGACACGCUUUGUAGCCUCUCUUUACACUGGCUGAUAGAUGAGAGUACUGAGCAGAGGACGCCCAUCUGAUUGAGUCAGAAGACUUGAUAACUUAGACAUCCAUAUUAAAUAAGCUGUUUUAUUACUUUAAUUAGCAAAGUGCCAGUUCGGACAUUUCAGCGUGUUCUGCCAAGGAUCUAUCUAUUGGCUUUAGGCUUGAUGUUUGUACUUUUACACAAUGAAGGCUGAUUAUGGUCAGUGUCCACAGAAAUUCACGUCAUGACUAAAUAAAUAAUAGUCGUUCAUUUCUAAUGUUUUGGCUCUUGAUUUACUGCAUAAAAUGACUGCACACAAGGUGCUUGUUAAAUAAAGGCGCAGCUUCUACCAUGGAAAUAAAGUAGUACAGACUCCUUGUGGAAGAAGCUCACCUGUCCUGCUAAGUCAUUCAAAACUAUGCUGAUUUUUUAAAUUAUAAUAAUCUUGAUAUUAAAGAGGACCUGUCACCUUUCCUGACAUGUCUGUUUUAGUUACUACUUGCUUUCCCUGUGUGAUAACAAUGCUGGAGCAUCUAUUCUUAUGACUCUAUGAUGUGCCAUCCCUCUGUUAUUCCUAUUAGACAUUUAUAAAUUAAUUGCCAGCAGUCUGCAGUAAAAGACCAGCCGGGUGUUACUAGUUGGGGAAAUGUCCCUGCACAGUCUGACAAUAGAAGCACGGAUUAGAUAGUGCAGAUAGUUACCUUAACUGGUAACACCCAGCUGUACCUUCGGUGCAAUAUCACAGCAUAGAGUCAUUACAUGCUGUAGAAUUGCUACUACGUGAGGAAUGCAAGUAGUUACUCAAACAGACAUGGCAGGAGAGGCAACAGGUGCUCUCUAAAGUCAGUAUGGCUCAAUUACUCAUUUAGGGCUCAUGCACACGACCGUAUAUAUAUUUUGCGGUCCGCAAAAAAACAGGUCCUCAAAAAAUAUGGAUGACGCACCGGUGUGCAUUCCGUAUUUUGCAGAACGGAACAGCUGGCCCCUAAUAGAACAGUCCUAUCCUUGUCUGUAAUGCAGACAAUAAAAGGUCAUGUUCUAUUUUUUUGCGGAACCGAAAUACGGACAUGAGGAAAUGAAAUGCACACGGAGUAACUUCCGUUUUUUUUUUGUCGACCCAUUGAAAUGAAUGGUUCCACAUACGGUCCGCAAAAAAGAUGGAAUGGACACGGAAACAAAAUACAUUUGUGUGCAUGAGCCCUUAGAUUGAGGUUUCCCACCUCAGUAAAAUGUCUGCCAGAGUAAGAUGUGGCUAAUUUAUUAAGAGGUGCUUCAUUGGUGUCUGUGCAUCAGAAACGUAAACCUAUGCCAGCUAGGAGCUGGUGUAGAUUUUAUUUAUAAUUUACGCUAUUUUUCUGAGGUAAAUGAUUGUAAAUGUGACGGACAGUGGUGACCAUGCCCACAAAAACUAGCAUACGAGUUGUAAAUGACCCCCUAAUGUCUUUUGCCCUUGUUUGAAUUGGAAGAGUCAAGUGUGGCCACCCAUGUGCUUCUCUCAUCUGUCCCAUUCACCAUGGAGGGUGUCUGUGCAUACACGACCACCCUUGUGUUGUGAACAAGAGACAUGAGACCUACAUUCUCCAUAUGAUAGAGCCAUAUAUUUGUGCAACAAGCUGUGUAUUAUACCUGCUGAAUGGUACAUCAAUGGAAGAACAGGUCUGGGGCUGCAUACGUUCCUUGGACCAUCACUUUCCCACCACUGUUCCAUUGAAG